AUGCAAGUCCAACGUCGUCUCCUUUCCUUUGCGGUUUUCAUUGCACUCUGCGCAUUGCCUGAAGUCGCGGCUCAAGAGCCUCACACGGCGAUUCGUGUGCAUCACACCCUGGCCAAUGAAUGGCCAUACGUCGUUGACCAUACCGAGACCAUCGUCUGGACACCUGGUCCGACUGUCGCUUCGGGAUAG